CAUUUUCCGAGUUGACUUUGAAAUGGGCGCUAUGGAGGAAUACUCGCGCGAACCCUGCCCCUUUCGCAUUGUGGAGGACUGUGGUGGUGCCUUUGCGAUGGGCUCUGCGGGUGGUGCUGCCUUUCAGGCCAUCAAGGGAUUCCGUAAUGCGCCGUCCGGACUGGACCGCCGUUUUUUGGGCAGCCUGGCCGCCAUUCGGGCCCGCUCUGCCUCGAUUGGGGGCAACUUUGCGUUGUGGGGCGCCACCUUUAGUGCGAUGGACUGCUCCCUCGUCUAUUAUCGCGGCAAGGAGGAUCCGUGGAAUUCGAUUAUUAGUGGCGCAUUAACCGGCGGCGUUUUGGCCGCGCGUGGCGGCAUGACCUCCAUGCUAAGCAGCGCUCUGGUGGGUGGCGUGCUGCUGGCUUUGAUCGAAGGCGCUGGCAUUGCGAUGGCACGUUUCUCCGCCGAUUCCUAUCGGCCGGUAAUGAUUGUGGAUCGCAAUGAGAGUUACAAACAGCAGCACAACAAGCUCUAUAAUGGCGAGCCGACGGUUGAGACCAACUCCAUACCCGCCUAACGGCGUCUAUGACGCAUUUAUUCAAUCAGAUUCUGCCACACUAUAUACAUAGAAGAAGAAGAAGAAGAAAACAUACAAACAAGAACAUCAUCAUCUGCAUACAAAACACAAUUCUACACUUUGUAUCAAAUUUGAUUCGCAAUUGCGCGCCUCCAAAAAAGGGGCGGGCGGCAAGCGUUCAUAAAUAUUCUUUUUUAGUUUUGCGCCCGCGCCUGGUUCAGAAUCUUGAUAUCCAGCCACAGAGACAGAGAGACAGAGAAUUGGCUGCGCGUGUGCUUCCUAGAGCCAAAUUGGUAAUAGAGCCACAGUCCGUGUCUGUGGCGAAUGGCUCUAUAAAAAAAAAGUUGGCACGCAUUCAGUUUUGUGUUGAUUCAACUGCCGGUUUUGAUUUAUGGACAAAGGUUAAGAACCAAUCGCGACGUGUUCGCCAAGGAAUGCAAUGAGCUUAGAAUUUAUAUUGCACGACCAGGGCUUAUAUGGGAAACGCCUAGAUAUCGGAACUAAUACGCCAUUUUGGUGCGAAAUACUGUAUUUCCUCAAGCCCCAGCAGUUAGUUUAAAGUUUGAAGCUUAGAGUAGCAAAGCGGCGUUUGACUUCAAAUUUAUUUGUUUUUGAGAAACUUGACAUAUUAUUGAUAUGACAAAUUUAUUUAGUUAAAAAUUUUACCUUUUUAUGAAGUUUAUU